UGGCUGUACUAUUUGGCUGCAAAUUUCAAACUACAUAACUGGCGCUUUUUCAGUCCUGCAAUUCAAUGAUACUAGUCAGGUAACAAAACUCAGAGGCUUCGCGCGAAAAUAAUUAACUUAAAAGGGUCUUAAAGAAACUUAAAGAAAAAGUAAAGAUUGUAUAAAUAAAUAAAUAAAUAAAUAUGAAAAGCCCUUUUGCCAAGCCGGAGGUCCCUCCAAUCCCUAAAAUGGAGCAUUGUGACAAGGUGUCAGACCAGACUUCACCCAAAAAGCCUCCUCCGGUAUGCGGGACAGCCCUGAAACCGUCCUGCGUGAAGGCCAUAACUUUCGACUCCUGCGAGGACCUGAGCUCCCUGAACAAGGAGAACCGCGCGGCGUCGCCGUCGUGCAGCCUGCUGGGCUGCGGGGAGCUCCAGGAGGACAGCGGCUACGUUACGCCGGUCCUGGGCGGCGGCGGCUGCUCGCCCGUGGCCGCCGUUUUGCCGGCGGAGCCCAGCCCGGCGGAGCCCAAGCUCCCGGCGCUGCAGUUCCAGCGCGCCGUGUGCCGGGAGCUCCGCAAGGGCUUCCAGAGGACCGGGACGUACGACUGGGCGGUGGUCCACGCCCUGGCCGGGCAGUUCGGCCUGCACAACGUGGUCGGGGGGGAGAUGGGGCUGGAGCACUUGGACGUCCUCCAGGGCCUGCUGGAGAAAGGCAUGCGGCACAUCCUGACCUGGAUCCUGGCGCUGCUCGACGACGUCGACCUCGUGAACUGUAAGCGGGUGAGCAGGGCGUGGCGGAGGGUGAUCUCCGGGGACCCGCGCGCACAACGCCGCUGCUGGGAGGCGGAGCAGAGGCUGCGGGACUCCAGGAAGCUUGGGGCUCCUCUGUCCCGGAACCUGACCGUCAGCAGGGGUGUGUUCACGCCCCUGCAGCACCUGGCCUCUACCCCCAUACAGACGCCUCAUCGCCAGGUCGCGCAGCGGGACCGCUUCCUGGAGUUUCAGGAGGUGGCCGGCUCUCUGAAGCAGCACGAGGCGCUGCGGUCCUGUCAGCGGUGCCGUUCCCCGGCGCUGGUGGACUCCGCCCUGCGUCGGGCCGCCUGCACGCGGCAGAGCUGCGAGUUCGUCAGCUGCACGCUGUGCCACGCCUCCUACCACGGCUCCGCCCCCUGCCCCAGCGCCCGCCGGUCCCCCGGCCAAUCCCACGCCACCCCCCGCCCCGGCCGCGCCCCCUGCAAGCACACCCUGCGCCGCCUCUGAGCUGCUCUUAUACCCCCACGCGUUUUAGCCUUUUAAAUAUUUAUUCAGUCUGAUGCGUUUUAGCUGCUGUCGGAACAGAACGGGGUCCGUUCCGCUGAUCCAGGGUUAUCGGACAGUAUCCCUGGACUGGAAUGCCUGCUGGAUUCAAAAAGAACCAAAACGGACUGCUGUGGUGCUUGUAAAUUUCUGAAAAUAUCAGUUUUUAUGAACAUUUUUUUAUGUUUGUCAAAUAUAAUAUUGUCUCUGUUCUGUCCCUUUUCAUUGUAAAAAUGUAAAUAUUGAAAAUUGUUCAACUCAAUAAAGCUUACUGAAAUUCAAA